GCCCCGUCUGUGCACAGCUCUGCAAAGCCUCUGGUUGUUCAUAACAGGGGCCUGAAUCACUGACUUUGACUAAUAUCUUCCUAUAAUUUUAAAAAACUGGAGCAAUGGGAUUUCGGACAGCUUGAGAGCAUGCUAAAAAGCACCCAGGCCUCAUCCCCCAGUUCUUCUUCAUCUGUUUGGGGAUAGGCGGGGCGUCUCUGUACCUGUUCCGCUUGGCCAGAGGACCCUAUGUUGUCUGGAACAAGACCAAUAACCCCGAGCCGUGGAAUAAACUUGACCCCACAUACCAGUACAAGUUUGUAGCCAUCUCCACGGACUACAAAAACCUGAAGAAGGACGGACCCAAGUUCUAAAUCUCCCAACCCGGAGAGGAAGAAAAAAUCACAGAACAUGCUGAUCCAGGGUCAGAUUCAUACCCCCCCUCCCCUCCCCAUUUCGAGCAGAAGGUGAAAUGAAUCCCUGAUCAGGAUUUCCUUAAAAACCCCUUGGAGUCGGCUGGCGAUGAGCUGGUGACAGUGUUAAUGAGAUCUGAGGCUGUCAUUUCAAAGUUCAAUGCGAUAACCACUUUGAUAUAUACUAUGCUGCUGUGUUUUAGAGUAUUGAAUGCAUUUAUUUGCAUGCUCCAGGCAUCUAUUACACUCUGAUAUGCAUCUUUAAGGUUCCUCUUCUUUUGUUCAGUGUCCAAAGAUUGAAUGUAGCAUAGUGUCGUCUUCCUCUGCAGCUACAUGGCUUGUUUUCUCUUAUAUAUAUAUAUAUAUAUAUAUAUAUAUUUAUAUCUUGAAUAUAAGUGUGGAGCUUUCUCAUUAACACUGAUAGUCAAGUUAAUGUGACAGAACUGCAAGUGUUUCUUCAUAACUGUCACAUGAUUGUAGAUUUAACAACUUCUAAAUUUCCACGAAGACCAUUAAAAACUGUUGAGAUGCAAA